AUGUCGUCCAGGCUGGUGCGUGGACUGCGCGUGCAGGUAGCCAGCUACAAUGCCGGCGAGCAAUACGAUGGAUCCAAGGUCCCGGAUCUGACCGAGUGGCUGGUCCCGACGCUCACAGAGAGUCGUCGAAGUGGCUAUGUGACGCGGCCAGCGCCGCCCAGUGGUCCUGACGCCAUGGGACCGCGAGAGGCGCCUGAUAUUUAUGCCGUGGCGUUCCAGGAGUUUGCGCCACUGUCCUCGGCCUUGGCGGGCCAAAUUCAAGUGCCGCUCGCCAAAGUCGACACGGAGAUUCGACGUACCGUGCGCCUUCAUCAGUCUGUUGUGCGCGACGAUCACAUGUACGAUCCCCUUGAAAUGGGCGGUGGCCCAGAAAACUAUGCCAAGAUCGCUGAGGUCUCUCAUGGUGGUCUGGUGCUGUUUGUGUAUGCACGUGAACGUGCGCCACAGCAUGCGCGUGGCAUCGUAUUAAGUGCCGCUCAGCGUGUGAAGGAAGUGCGCACAUCGUACGUUGGGACCGGCAUCGGUAUGAUCAUGGGCAACAAGGGGGCUGUGGGUGCACGUGUAACGCUUGCGUCAGCCGUCACAGGCGCUCGUGACGAGGUGAUAACGUUCGUAUGUGCGCACCUGGCAGCCCACGAUCACAAGGUGGCACGUCGGAAUGCCGAUUGGCGCAAUAUUGUCGAGCGCUUGGUCUUUGAUCCCGCGAGUACACAGCCCCCACUCGUUCUGCAAGAGCCCACUAUGGGACCUGGUCAGCUAGGCGCAGUGCAGUCUGUCGCGGCUGGCCGGCAGACCCUUACGCCAAGUCCUCUGGACCAGCAUGAGUACUCGCUCUACGACACACACCAUCUCUUUGUGCUGGGCGACCUCAAUUAUCGCGUUGCCACAGGUGUCGAAGGCGUUUCGCCGCAGGGCGUGCCGGUGCGGCCCGGCUCGUUCCCACCGAUCACGAGGGAGACCGUACGUGCUGCUGCCCGCUCCUUCCAGCCAAGUCAGUGGGCUGAAAUUUUGCCGUACGAUCAGCUCUCGAUUGAGCGAGCCGCUGUGCCUGCACGCACGAUGCACUCUCUUUUCAUCCCAGAUAUGGCGCACCUGAAAAUACCUCCCACGUACAAGUACAAGGCAGGUGGCGAAAUGGAGCAGAUGAGCAAGAAACGAUUGCCUGGCUGGCCAGACCGACUGCUCUGGGCCUCUAGCGAUGCGAUGCAGGGCAACGAGGCUUUGCGCUGCGAGCUGUAUCGCAGUUUGAUGCGAUACACUGCCUCGGACCACAAGCCCAUCACUGCGAUUGUCGAGCUGCCGUAUCAACUUGACCCUCUCACCGAGUUCCUGCCUGUGCCGUACGAUCUCCAUCCAUACUGGCGCUCUAUGCGGACACUGGGGCGCUGUGUCGACCGCUUGGUGGGGUAUCUAUGGAUGCUGCUGCUUACGUUUGGCCAUGGCCAUUUGGCGCUGGCCCUCCUGGAGAUUGGAUUGCUGGUCUUGGUGGCCAUGUACUGGCUCCCAGGCCAUUGGCCAUGGUAG